CGGCAGCCUCGCAGCCCAGCCGCGGAGGCGGCGUCGGGGCCCAGGGCAGGAUUAUUCAAAAUAAAGUUGCGGCCAUUUCAACAAGGAUCAAUGAUCAAAAAUUUUUUAUUAAGAAAUUUUCAAGUUAAAGAUGAAAGGAAAGUACUGGAAUUAUUUGUAUUCUAACUGACAGGAUAAGAACAGUAUUUCACGGUUACUUGUAAUGGAACCUUAGUAAAACUCAUCACUUUGGUAUGCACCCAACUGGGAACAUGGAUGUUAGUUUUUCUCGUUCUGCUGUUCAGACACUGUCAAGAAGCCACUGCAAAAACAUCAAACAAAAAAUUUCUCAGUGGGAAGUUCGGACUAAUGGUAUAUCUAAUCCAGAAAAGUGGCACCGAAAGGACUUUGGAGUGAGAUAUAAUAACUGUCAUCAGGAAAAUCUUCUUAAGAAGAAUCCUGUUGCUGCAGGAAAGAGCAAAAAGUUGGGUGCGAUCAACUCUCAAAAUGUCAGUCUAGAUAUUAAUGAAGAUGCCAAAAGCCACGACCAAAGUGAGGACGAAAGUGAGAAACGUGACUGUGACGAUAACUUCUUUAAAAAUAAAUCAGCAUCCAACUGGGUAUGUUCUCGGGUCAAACAAAUUGAAAACUGGAAAGAAGUUGUUUUGGAUCCAGAGACUUCAUUACCUCCAGGAAAUUUCUAUACCUCACAAAUACUGUGGAAGAAAAUUGAGGCACUUCCCCCUGAUAAAGUCUUAAAUUUAGCUCUAGAACAUUGUGUCUCUUCAGAAAAAGAACUAAAGUUCAGAGUUCUGAAGAGUUCAUAUGGAGUAACCAAGAGCUUAGAAAAUAUUUACUCUGAACCUGAGGGACAAGAAUGUGGACCUUCUAUAAAUCCUUUGCCAAAACCUCGUAGGACUUUCAGAUAUUUAUCUGAAUCUGGUGUGACGCCAUGUAAAGAAAGAAACUGUGAUAGAAAAUACUGUGAAAAUAAUUCUUGUGCAGAGUCUUGUUUGGCCACUUCUCAGGAACCUGAACCAAAGAAGUAUGGUGGGAAAAUCAGAGGGAGAUCUAAAAGGAAAUCCUUUGAAUUUGAAGAUAUUCAGCACUUUCGAAAUCGAAAUACACAGAAGAUGCAUGAAGAACUUGGAAGAAAUUCUGGCUCAGCACUUUAUUACACACAGUCUGAGGACAAUAUCUAUGAAGAUAUCCUAUAUUCCACCAAAGAAAAUCCGUAUGAAGAUAUUCCAGUGCAAUCCUUUCCCAUGUGGCGAGCCCCUUCCGCAUGGAAGCUUCCACCCACUAAAAGUGCCUUCAAAACACCCAAGCUUCCUCCCAAACCUCAGUUCCUUCACCGGAAGACUAUGGAACUGAAGAACUCACAAGCUUAUUUAAGGUCAAAGUUCACAAAGGAUACCACUUUGCCCGUCACUUUAACUGAAUGGAAGCUUUUCCGAGCUGGAGAAGUUGCAAACAGGAAAAGGAAAAAUCUUCCAAGACUUGUAUUGAGAAUAGAUGACAUAUUUGAAUCAAAGAGAGGGAAGAAGAGAGUAAAGUUACACCCUUACACUGGAAAAGACAUACCUCCUUCAAAAGGUGAAACCAGUGGGAACGAAAGUGAUGCCGAGUAUCUGCCAAAGAAUCGCCACAAGCGCUUAGCACAACUGCAGCAGUCUUCUAAGAGGAAUCCCCACUACCAGACCUUAGAGCGCGAUCUCAUUGAAUUACAGGAGCAGCAGCUGUUUGAACUCUUUGUGGUAGUGUCUCUACAGAAGAAACCAUCAGGCGUGAGCUACGUUCCCCAGGUCAUUCAGCAGUUCCCUAACAAGGGUGACCAUGGCUUUAAGCAGUCUAAAGACACCGAAGAGAGGCUCAAAGUUAUCCCCAAAUUUUGUUUUCCUGAUUCGAAGGACUGGGCUCCAACCUCAGAACUCAAGAGUGAAACGUUCUCCUUUGUCUUAACUGGUGAAGAUGGGAGCCGGUGGUUUGGUUACUGUAAGAAGCUUUUGCCAGAAGGCAAAGGAAAGCGACUCCCUGAGGUUUACUGCAUGGUCAGUCGCCUAGGCUGCUUCAACCUUUUUUCAAAGAUCUUGGAUGAAGUGGAGAAGAGAAGAGAAAUGUCUCCAGCUUUGGUUUACCCGUUCAUGCGAAGUGUCAUGGAAGCUCCUUUCCCAGCACCUGGACGCACCAUCACAGUUAAGAGCUACCUCCCUGGGGCUGGAGAUGAGUCGAUUGAACUCUGCAGACCACUGGAUUCCCGAUUGGAACAUGUGGACUUUGAAUGUCUCUUUAAAUGCCUGAGUGUGUGUCAUCUCAUCCGGGUGUGUGCCUCUCUCCUUUUGGAGCGAAGGGUCAUCUUUGUUGCUAACAGUCUAAGCACCCUGUCAAAAUGUGGCCAUGCUGUGGUUGCCACGCUGUAUCCAUUUACCUGGCAGCAUACCUACAUUCCAGUCCUGCCGGCCUCUAUGAUCGACAUCGUGUGCUCACCAACUCCGUUCCUUAUUGGAAUCCUGUCCUGCUCCUUAACCCAGCUCCAGGACCUGCCCGUUGAAGAGGUGCUGAUAGUUGAUCUCUGUGCAGACAAGUUCUUACAGGAGGUAUCUGAUGAGGAUGACAUUUUACCACCUAAACUCCAAGCUGCCCUAAUGCAGAUUUUGGAAGAACGAAAUGAAAUUUUGGCUCAGGAGCAGAAUUUUUCACAAGAUGUGACACUCAACUCUUUGGUGUCCGAAGCAUUUGUCAGGUUUUUCGUGGAGUUAGUGGGACAUUAUUCUCUGAACAUGACUGUCACCGAGCGUGGGGAGCGUGUAUUCCAAAGGGAGCCAUUCCGUAAAUCUCACACCUCCCGAAGUGUUCGCCACUUCCUGGAUCUCUUCAUGGAAACUCAGAUGUUUGCAGGAUUCAUCCAGGACCGAGAGCUUCGGAAAAGUGGGGUAAAAGGUUUGUUUGAGGUCCGGGCCUUCCAGUAUUUGGAAACAAUUCCCGAGUCUGAGCCCAGUGGGAUGAACAGAAUUUUGCGGAGUCUUGGAAGUAAAAUGAAAUUUCUGCAGAAGAAAUGAAAUCUUCGAUUGACUGUCUCAUCCUAAAUAAGAUAGAAAGUGCCAAAGCAAAUAUUUUGCCCAAGAGCCGGGAUGCCCUGAAGUAUUCUACAAAAUCCUUGAAAGUUGAAAAGGUUACAGAGUGGGCCAGGGUCUUGGAGGAGGAUUCUCCUGUUGCUUCUUUAGUAAUCACUGGAGAAUUAUGGUAGUUAUCUGGAACCAAUGCUCUCUUUACUCUGCCUCUGGUUGUUUUUAAGUGGCCUUUUCUAUUUGAUUCUUGGGCUCAUUCUUUGUGUUUUGUGCUUAGGCUAUGAAGGCACUUGUCUUUUAUAAGGGCAAAACUUGGUGGUGUCUUUUUUAAAACAGCUCAAAGAGGAGCACAGUGAGAGACAUGCUGAGUUUAAGGUACUAGGGAGGCAUGAUAGAAGUGGCAAACACUAGCCCUACACACAUAAUUCUCAUCACUGAAACACCAUGGCAGCUUUAAACCUAUGAGCUGUUUGAAUUGAGCUAAGGGAUAUACUUAUCAUAUCUCUUUCCCCUGUUUUUUGUCUAAUGUUCUGUCUAGGGGAAUUUCACUUAUGUGGAAGCCCUAUUUAUUAGUUUUGUUAUUGAACAUCUUGUAAAAGCUCCUCCCACAUUGUGUGGCACUUGAAUAGCUUGUCCUUCGUAAGUCAACAUUAAACCUUUUGGAAUUAUAAUUGGUAGGAAAAGUCCUUCCAAGGGCAUGAGAACUACUUUUUUUUUUUCCUAGUGGCUACCAUGUGCCAUGCACUGUGGUACACAUAUGUAUGUCAUCUUAUUCAGUCUUUAAAUCAACUUUCUGAGAUAUUUGUAUUUCCAUUUUACUAGUGAAGAAAGUGGAAUUUAAAGAAGUUAAAUAACUUGCCCAAUUAUACAAUAGAGCCUGGACCAAAGCCAAACUGUUGGUUUGUGAACACAGAGAAAGUUGGUUAGUCCUGCAGAUGGAAAUUUGAGCUCUGUGGGAUUGUAGCUAUUGAAAAAGUUUUCUUUUUAGUUGAAGUGUACCAGAGCCAAUUGAGCUCUGAGGAUAAGGGACUUCAAACUAUAGAUGUCUAGAUGAGACUCUUUUUGGAUGCCCUAGAACUGUUAGACUUUUUGCUGUAAUUAAAUUGGAGUAAAAAAUAUGAAUAUUUCCUGGAACACCACCACAUAAUCACCCCAACCUUUAAUAUCUAAAGUAGCACUAGUGACUGGAAAGAGGAAUUGGUCAGUGAUGGUGUAAUUUUCUUUGAUGUUAUAGCAAAUGUCAGUUUUCUUCAAUUCCUGCUGAUGGUUUUAACUGGCAUAAAACAUAUUUAUUCAAACUUAACAAAACCUUACAAGCUACAUGAGGAUACAAUUUAUUGACUUGUAUAGUAUUGUCAUUACAUCCAUUUUACUGUGCAUGGAUGAAUCUGAAGCAGACCCCAUGUAACAGCGGUGCUAUAUAAUUCCUACAGAUGUGGGUCCAGAAGAUAGAACUGAGCCUAUGUCUUUUUUAAAUGCUUAGUAAGCAGCUUACCCCAGUGGGGCUUAUAUCAUACGUCUCCCCGUUUGGUCUCUUCUGACAAUCCAGCCUGAGGGAACAAUUAGUAACUGGGGAUUGUUUAUAAAAUGGGGGUAGGAGGUAUUACUGUGGUGGAUCCUGGCCAUCCCUCUGUGAGGAGACCUUUGCUUCAGGGAGGGGGGUGUAUUUUAUCCCUGUGAUCUGGAGCUGCUUCCUUUCUUAGGUCUGUUUCAUUUUGUUUUUGUAAAGUUUUAUGAAUU